AUGAAGAAGGAGAAAAAACGUCAGCGACAUGGCCUCGAGCUGAUUGCCUCCGAGAAUUUCACCACCAAGGCUGUAAUGGACACCGUGGGCUCUUGCAUGUGCAACAAGUACUCCGAGGGUUAUCCAGGGGCCAGG